UCAUUACUCUUUCUGCUCCGCUCCCCACUAUUUAAAAUCCCUCUAGCCUCUCCUUUCUAAAAAUCCCAAUCUCCAGCACGGAUACCUACAAAAAGAAAGGAGAAAAAAGGUUCUCGGUGAAUCGGCUGGUGCAAGAGUAACAGAGUUCUUAACUUUUCCCUUUUGCUAACGGGUUAGAAAUACAAGUUAAUUGGAUAUGGAAUCUGGGACUGCACACCGCAUGCUGUCAGUGAAAUUGUGGCCUCCUAGUCAUAGUACAAGGGUGAUGCUUGUAGAGCGGAUGACAAAGAAUCUUACAACACCAUCCAUUUUUUCUAGGAAGUAUGGACUAUUAAGUAUUGAAGAAGCUGAGAAGGAUGCCAAGAAAAUUGAAGAGUUAGCUUUUGACGUUGCCGAUCAACACUACAAGAAGGAGCCUGAUGGUGAUGGAAGUUCUGCAGUGCAAGUAUAUGCCAAAGAAUCCAGUAGGAUGAUGCUGGAAGUUAUUAAAAGAGGCCCUACAGGAAAGGAUGAAGAGGUAGCAGAUAAAAUUGAUGUUCAUGAAAAUGUCUUUGAUAUAUCUGGAAGUCGACGGGCAUUUAUAGAUGCAGAGGAGGCUGAGGACAUUUUGAAACCACUUAGAGAGCCAGGAAAUUCAUAUACUAAGAUAUGUUUUAGCAACAGAAGUUUUGGCAUGGAUGCAGCAAAGGUUGCUGCACCCAUCUUGUCAUCCAUUAAGUCUCAGCUGACUGAGGUAGACCUUUCAGAUUUUGUUGCAGGAAGGCCAGAGUCUGAAGCACUUGAAGUCAUGAAUCUUUUUUCUUCUGCUCUGGAAGGUUCUCAAUUGAGGUACCUGAACCUUUCAAACAAUGCCUUGGGUGAAAAGGGUGUUCGGGCAUUUGAGGCACUCCUGAAGUCACAGAAUAAUUUGGAGGAGCUUUAUUUGAUGAAUGAUGGUAUCUCAGAAGAAGCUGCACGAGCAGUUUCUGAGCUAAUUCCUUCUACUGAGAAACUGAAAGUUCUCCAGUUUCACAAUAACAUGACAGGGGAUGAAGGUGCAAUUGCUAUCUCUGAAAUUGUGAAACUUUCCCCUGUAUUGGAAGAUUUCCGGUGUUCUUCAACAAGAGUUGGCUCAGAUGGUGGUGUGGCUCUAGCUGAAGCACUAAAGACAUGUACCCAUUUAAAGAAGCUUGAUCUGCGUGACAACAUGUUUGGCGUGGAAGCUGGAGUUGCUUUGAGCAAAGCUCUCCCUCUAUUUGCAGAUCUUACUGAGAUUUACCUCAGUUAUUUGAACCUGGAGGAUGAUGGGGCGGAAGCUCUUGCCAAUGUUCUGAAGGAGUCUGCUCCUUCUCUUGAAGUUCUGGACAUGGCUGGAAAUGACAUUACAGCCAAAGGUGCUGCUUCUAUAGCUGUCUGUAUUGCUUCAAAAAAAUUCCUUACAAAAAUAAACUUGGCUGAGAAUGAACUCAAGGAUGAAGGUGCUAUUUUGAUUGGUGAGGCAUUAGGAGAGGGUCAUAGUCGGUUGAAUGAAGUUGAUAUGAGCACAAAUGCUAUUAGGAGAGCUGGGGCAAGGCUUUUGACCCAAGCGGUUGUGAAAAUACCUGGAUUUAAGUUGCUGAAUAUCAAUGGAAAUUUCAUAUCUGAUGAAGGAAUAGAUGAGGUGAAGGAAAUGUUUAAAAGUUCCCCUGAUAUGCUUGGACCUUUAGAUGAGAAUGAUCCAGAAGGAGAAGAUUAUGACGAUGAGGACGACGAUGAGGAGAAUGCAGAAGAUGAGAAUGUUUUUUUUUACUCCAAGCUUAAGGAUCUCAAGAUUGAGCAAGGAGAAUAGUCGUGCUGUGUAUGCCAUCUGUUCUCAUGGCAUCCGGCUAAAAAUCAUCUAAACAACUCUUCUAUUUUCUAUGACUUAUUAUAAGCUACUCUAGCUGUGCAACAUUAGUGGUAGAUCUACCAUUGUAGUUCAGGUUUAAGAAAAUAUUGGAACAUCCGGAAUAGUUGUACCUUUAUUUAGCAGAGAGCUUAAUUUAGUUUAAACUCUCAUAGAGCAAUGUACUUUUCGGACAGGUUAUUAUUUUUCUUUAGUUACAUCUGUAAUAUGUACUGUUGCUCAGCAGUCAUCUGUUUAAGAUGCAACCUUGUUCUAUGGUUUAGCGUGCAUUUUUUUCUUUUCUCAAAUGCUUUUUGAGAUUUUAUAUGAAAAAGCAAGUGAUGGUCAACUUAAGACAA